AUGCCGUUUCGCCGUACCCCUGCCAAUGUGCUUCUUCCUGGAACCCCCCAAUUCACCAUAGUUGGACCAGAGUACAUCAUGGCACAUGGCGACCCGGAAGACAAUAUUCUCAAGCGACUAUCCAGAGCGAUCAAUAAGCCACUGAGAAAGCCAAUCACCAAGAUCCGCAAUGGAUACCGCCGUCUGCAAGACUGGAGUGCGACCCAAGCCCCGUUCCACCUGGACCUCGAAUGCAACUGUCGAACCUGCCGUUCAGGAAAUCAAGCACGAGCCAGAAUCCAAGAUCAACUUCGUGAGGAAAUGGCUGAAGUCCUUCCUGAUGUGCCACCACCUCCCUACGUGGAUGCCGACCCAGUGCCCCCUCGCCUGACUAGAGACAGAACCAAUCCUGGGUCAAACACUCGUGAACUCCAACUCCGCGGCGCCGCUCAGGAUUUUCAACAACUGGAGAUCUCUGGAGUACGUGAAGCCUUGAACAUCAUGGACAGCGUCGUUGAAGAAGCCCGACGAGAAUUGAGAAAUCUCAGAGAAGAAAUUGGAGAGGAGAGAGAGCGACUGGCCGCUUUGAAGCGACAAAAAUUGGCACUGGAUGCAUCGAUUUCAAUGUCGCGGCUGGAAUGGAACCAGGAGUUAGCACGCUCCCAGGGUGCCUCUGAACGUCUGGUGCAUGGACGCCCAUCACGUCAUCAAGAGAAUAAAUCGAGCCCUCGCCAUGGUCAAGAACGCCAGAUCCGCUCACCAGCUCGUCCAUCUCUUCAAACACGGCACGUCCAAUCACCACUUCGGCGACGCGAUCGUGAGCAUGCAAUCCGUCCACUCGAAAACCAUCGCCCUCGUGUCAAUGUGUCCCCUCAGGUUCGUUCUAAACCUUUCAUUCUUACACCUGCGCUCCGAAGACGACAGUCGCGUGUUGCCGACAAUCUGGCGCUCUUGACUAAUUCCGGAACCCUCCUUUAG